GAUUUGUCUCGCCCAGCAGAAGAAAUUAUGUUUUCUAGAACGAAGAUCGCACAUCUUUGGAGCCUUCUGGCCAUCAUGGCUAUCACUGUCUCGGCAUUGCCAUACUCUCAGCUUGAUGUUGCCGAUUCUGACCUGGACUUCGACUGCGAAGAAUGGGAUGCUGUAGAUGAUGCCACCUCAAGUCAGAUCACCACAUUCACCUCAGCUUCCGCUAUAUCAUCGUCGACAGCACUGGCCUCGCCAUACUCAAACCCAAGCUCGUCCCCGGCAACGUUCAUCACUUCUGUGCGCAUAGCCCAGGCAUCAUCAGUCACCCCUCCUUCUCAAACCUCCGCUUUCAUCGCGCCCGUCAACUCGUUCAUCCCGGUCACACCACCCAGCUAUGCUUUCUAUCUUCAAACUAGCAGCAGUGCCAAUUCCAAUGGCCUUUACGCUACUGUAAACGCUGGUGCUGGUCAAGCAAUCAGCCUCGUGGCAGACAAGACACUAGCGACCAAGUUCACUAUCGACUCUUCUGGCGACUUGGUUGAACAGAGCCCUUCUCAAGGAUAUGUUGCGAACAUGAAGUCCAAUACCGACAUUCAGCCAGUGGCAUUCUACCCACUAGGAACUAGCGGCAACUAUGGAAAGCUCAAUUGCCAGAGGCAAAGUGGAAGUCUUGGCUGCAAUGUCAAUGGAGUGUCAUAUUAUGCUGCCACUUGUGGAGGCGAUGGAAACUUGUACUUUGGAAAGACGAUACCGCCGAGCUGUGCUGGAGUUGCGCUUGUGCCAAUCUUCCCUUGAUUGUUACAAUGGAAGAUGAGUGCUGGCAGAGGUACCAUAACUUUACGACUUAAUGAAUAUCAAUAUUUCCUACCAAAU